AGCUUUAUUAAUGCUGAAGCGAAUGAUAUUGAGAUCUCUGAAUAUAUUUACAGCAUGGAAUACAAUGAUGAGGAGGUGGUACCUGAUAAUGAUGAAUUAGAUUCAGAGGAUGACCGUGAAUUUACCUAUUCGUUGAAUAAAAAUCAAACCUUCAGGUUUGCAUUUUGUAUUACGCAUAGUGAAAAUGAUAAAACUGAUCAACAACCUCGGCGUCGCAAAACAAAUGGUUGUCCUUUUUAUGUAAAUUUAUAUCGAUGGAAAAAUAAUAAUCAGAUUUGUAUUUCAAGUAUUGUUGGCAAUCACAGUCAUGAAAUAGUUGAAAAUGUUAUAAUAUCAGAACCAAGGUAUCGUCGUUUAACAAAAGAAAUACAAGAUGAUAUUUGUCUACUUACAUCUUGUGGUGUACAGGCUGGUGCUAUUGUGGAAGUUUUGCGGGGUGAUGCUGGUAGCACAUAUUUAAAACUAAUCAAAAAACAACAGGAUAAACCAGGUUAUUAUGUUGAUGCGAGAUUUGAGGGAAUAGACAACCAUCUAGUUACAGAUAUGUUACAGAAGUAUCCCGAUUGUACGUCAUAUUUGGAAAGACAACUCUACUCGUGUCGUAAGACGUGGGCUCUUUGUUAUAUGCAUAGAUCAUUUAAUACAGGAGUACAAACUACACAACAAGUUGAAUCAUAUAAUAAUAUUAUUAAAAGGCAUGUCAACGGCACUUCGUUUUUAUUUGAAUUAAGUAAUGUCAUUGAAAGACUGCUUAUUAAGGAGGAUCGAUACCAGCGCUUUAAUGAAGUUGAAGGUGUAUUACUAAAUAUCUACAAUGAAGACUAUUAUUGUAAAUAUUUUAAGGCCGUUGAUGAAUCGUGCCAGAAGUUUUUAACCACUGCAAUUCUUAAAAUUCAACGGCAAGAAAUAAAUCACAGCAUUCACUACCGGGCACAUUUAACAAAUUUAGAAGAUGAAGUUGGGAUUCAGUCAACUGAUAAUACAUCAACCAGAAUGUUUACUGAGGAUAUGUAUGACGCAUUUGUCAUUGAGCUCGAGCAACUAGUUCUUAAUUUAGAUCAUGCACAUAUUAAUGAGCCAACAUUUUAUACCUGUGAAACUGAUAUGGGUAUUAUGAGUGAGCCUGCAAUUUCAACAGUAGUUAACGAGCAAUUUGAAUCGUUUAAGCAUAAUUUACAUGUCAACUUUGCGCAUCUUGAUGACAUUCGUGGUAGCUAUGUUUUUACUAAUAAAGUUCGUAAUGAAAUGUCACUCAAGAAACAGUGGGGUGAAGGGUUUGGUAUUAUGAAAAAGACGCUUGAUUUGGCGAUUUCGAUAAGAAGAUAUGACGAACUAUAUGAAAUGCAUAUUAAUCUUUCAAAAGAAAUGGAGAUAGAGCUCAUAACAAACAAUGGACGCAAUAUUUUAGACAAUGAUGAUCCUGUUGAAUUUGUGAUUACAAUUAAUAAUCCAAUUGGCAUCAGUUCAAAAGCCUGUGAGAAAAUGACCAUCAGAAAAAUUAAAUAUAACUACGUAGCUAAUUCAGAUCAAAAAUUGUUUGGUUAA